ACUGCGCCCUCUGAUUGGCCGCCGUUGUUUUCGGGGGCGUGGCUACGCGUGGAAUGCUGAGUGUCCCAGAACCGGACGGUCCUGCUUCGGAGGCGGCCUGUUGAUUGGCUCGUGACACUUACGGAAAGCGGGGAGAAUGGAAUGUUGGGGACUCUGAGCGUUCCAGAGAUACUUUGCUGUUGUUGUUUCAUUCAUUUUUUACGCAGCCGUGGAUGCGAAAAGGGAAAGAAAGAAAAAAGUAGGGUGAGAUUUUGCAGGCGAAAGUCGCCUACUCAGAAAUAGGCUCCAUUAAAUUCAAUGGGACUUGCUUCCAGGGAGGGGUAGCGUUGCAGCCUCAACCUAGAGCCUUCUGCGGAGGCCCUUCUGGAUUAAAAAUCUUUGGAAUUGCACUUUCUGCUGCGAGAGGAUCCCUUGAAGGCGGAUUCCCAGGCGUCUCUUGGCGGGAUCGACGGACCCGGGGACCCGGUUGGGACAGGAACCAGGAAAAGUCACGAGGAGGCUAAACCAACCCUAGCAGAGUUGAGGCUGGGUGGAGAGGAGAGGAGGAUGGAGGCAGCAUAAUAAUCAGAGCCUUCUGUUGCUGCUGAAAAUGAAGAUUUGUUGUGGCAGGUGUUUCUCGUGGACUUGAGAGUCGACUUUGUCAGGUGACCUGUCAAGAUGGUAGACCAUCUGGCCAACACUGAGAUCAACAGCCAACGCAUUGCGACUGUGGAGAGCUGCUUUGGAGCAUCCGGCCAGCCGUUGGCCAUACCUGGAAGGGUCCUCUUGGGCGAAGGGAUUUUGACCAAAGAAUGCCGGAAGAAAGCCAAACCGCGGAUCUUCUUCCUGUUCAACGACAUCCUUGUGUAUGGAAGCAUUGUGAUCAACAGGAGGAAGUACAGCUCCCAACACAUCAUACCGCUUGACGAAGUCACCCUGGAGACUUUGCCGGAUACCCUGCAGAUGAAGAACCGCUGGAUGAUCAAAACGGCCAAGAAGUCCUUCGUCGUUUCCGCCGCUUCCCUGACCGAGAGGAAAGAAUGGAUCAGCCACCUGGAGGAAUGCAUCCGCCACUUGCUGUCCAAGAUGGGCCAGCAGCCCCCCACGGAACACGCCGCCCCCUGGAUCCCAGACAAGGCCACCGACAUCUGCAUGCGCUGCACGCAAACCAAGUUCUCCACUCUCACGCGCAGGCACCACUGUCGGAAGUGUGGCUUUGUGGUGUGCGGAGACUGCUCUCGGCAAAGGUUCCUGAUGCCCCGGCUGUCCCCGAAGCCUUUAAGGGUGUGCAACCUUUGCUACAAACAGCUGGUGGCAGCGAAAAAGGAGAGCGAGGAACAGUCGAAGACAGCCCAUUCUCCUCUGGUUGGCUAUGAGCCUUCCAGCGGAGAUGACAGCGACAGGUCCGACGAGGACAGAGUGGAACAGUGGUCAGCGGAGGCAGAGUUUUACACGUCCAACACAGCUUGGUCAUCUUUCCAUAGCUGACCUCUGCAUGGCCUUGUUAAUUUCAGGGGCCACACACUUAUUUCCAAGGAGUACAGGGAACACAUACUUUCCAAAGUGCACUUUUCAGAGGAGUAUCUUUCAUCGUGUCUUUUGGUCCCAUGUGUUUUCCUCUUCUGUGGUUAAGGAAGAAGAUAACUGAAUCAAACUAAAAUAUGCAAGAGCCUGCUUGUCUCCUCUAAGGCCUGGCCUGCGCUAUAUAUUUGAAGCAGUAUCAUUCCGCUUCAAGUAGUCAUGGCUAUGGGGAAGGGCUGUAGCUCAGCGGUAGAGCAUCUGCCUUGUGUGCUGAAGGUCUCAGGUACAAUCCCCAAUAGCAUCUCAAUCUAGGGCUAGGUGAGACUCCUGUCUGAAACUCUGGGAAGCCACUGCCAGUCAGUGGAGACCAUUCUGAACUAGGUGGACCCAGUGGUCUGAUUCAGGAAGCUCCCUAUGCUUCCCUUCAUGAAUCCUGGGAGCUGUCAUUUGUUAAGUGUGCUGAGAGUUGUGAGGAGACCCCUUAUUCCGUCCACAGAGCUACAGUUUCCAGAACAAUCCGCUCCUCUUCCCAGGGAACUCUGGGAAUUGUAGAGGUCUCCUCUCUGCACCCUUAACAAAUCACAGUUCCUAGGAUUCUUUGUGGAAAGCCAUGACUUUUAAAGUGGUAUGAUACUGCUUUAAAUGUAUAGUGCAGAUGGGGCCUAACAGCGAGUUGUUUUUAUUGGCAUUUGAGGCAGAGCUGAAUUGGACCCCCAACACAUCAGGUGUUGAGCGUUGCUGAAAGUUUUGGUCCCUUUGAUAGAUUUGGGGGCACCUGAAAUGUUGACUUUCAGCUUGGGCAUUUUGCAGGCUUGGGCAUCAGAACGGCACCCACCCCAACUUGUAGUCUCUUUCUUUCUUACAUCCAGGAGUCAAAUUCUGGAUCCAUAAAUCAUAAGUUAUGAAACCAGAGGAAGAUCCCCUUUACGGUUUUUAAACUGACAGCACCAUGCAGAAAUUAAUCAAGGGCUUAUAAUAUGAUUGUAUAUCAAGAAUCUAGUCAUUUUUUUUAGGCUCUUCACAGAAGGAUGCACUUUUUUGAAUCUGCUUGAUGCAGAAGGAGGGUAGGGCCUUCUUGACUGAGUAGGGAUUGAAAUGAACAGGAAAAGUUUUGGAGAUGAGCAUUUCGAAAUGAAGGUUUUUGGAGCAGC